AAAAAACCUUCAAUGAGAGAAUGAGAAGGAGGACAGUUAGUGGGGUUCCUGGAUAUGUCACCCGAUCCUCCACUGGACUGAAUGAUAAGAAACAUUUCAAGAAAGACAGAGAAUCUGCCUCCUAUCAAGAGCACAAACCUAAGUACACAUCCUCUACUAUCCCGAGCGUGAAAGACAGAUCUGCCCUUUACCUCUCAAAGGUAGCAGCUGCAGACUCCUCAGGAUAUUUCGAGCAGCAAGGUAGUGUGUUCCAGGAGCACUUGAUCUCAAGUGGAAAGAAGAAAAAACAAAACAAGAUGGCAGGGGUAGCCAAACAGAUAAAAGUGACAGAUGCAUCCAGUGGAGAUGAUGAUGUUCCUCCUCCUCCACCUCCUCUACCAAGACCUCAGGUUCUGGAAUCACUUCAAAAGUCUCAAAACCAGAACUUCCUGCCCGUACCACCUCCAAAAGAAACCUUCUCAGAGUUCUACCAACAACGGCAAAAAAGUGAACUGAAGCGUCUUUUUAAACACAUUCAUCCUGAACUGAAGAUGAAUAUUGAUGAUGUUAUAGAUGAUGAAGUGAUAGGUGCAAUAAAUCCCCAAGCAGUAGACACAGCAUAUCAGGCAGAAGUCCAGUCUAUGCGCUGGAUAUUUGAGAACUGGACUCUUGACAACAUUGGAGACCCACAUGAGACUAAAAAGCUUCUCAGUGAGGAAAAUCUUCAAGGUGGGGAUGUGAGGGGCAAAUCCUCUUUGUUUGAGCAUUCAGUGUUUGAUAGUCAACACACAACAGCGGGAGAGAGGCCAGGUAUAGUCAAAGGAGAUGUUCGCACGGCCACGUGGUUGUUUGAGACACAGCCCCUAGAUUCAAUCAGUCAGUCAAAGAUGGAGAAUGAGGAAAUCGUGGAGGUCGUACUGAAGGAACCUGUUCAGAAGGGAGAUGUGAGAGGUACACGUCUCUUGUUUGAAUCCAAACCACUGGACGCUUUAGGCCGCUGCUGCUCAGUUGAAGACCAACAUUUCCUAACACUCAAAUCAGAACUCCAGGAGAACAAAGGAGACGUGAAGAAAACAGUCAAACUCUUUCAAGCAGAUCCCAGUUGUGCGAUUAGGGAUAGCAGUGGCAAAAUCCAUGAAAUCAAAUCAAUCUGUAGAGAAGAAAUCCAGGGCAGUGACUUUAAAACAGCACGUUGGCUUUUUGAAACUCAACCCUUGAAUGACAUUAAUAAAGGAGCUGGUGUGCAGAUUAUUCGCGGGAUCUCACUUGAGGAAGCCCAGAAAGGUGGUGUUGAUAAGAAAAAAUGGAUGUUUGAGACCCAACCGCUUGAUGCGAUUCAUGAAGGUGCUGUGGAAGAACAAAAGUUCAAAGGAACAGUGGAGGACAUCUCUGGGGAAGCAGAUGUUCAUAACAAACUAAAACUAUUUGAAAACCAACCUCUGUCAUCUCUUAAAGAAGAGUCUGUGGGUGAAAUUUCAGAGGAGGAGGCAAUUAUUGGAGGAAAUGUAGAAUCCACACUAUGGCUUUUUGAAACUCAGCCCAUGGACACUCUGAAAGACAGCUAUGAGGUGGGACAGCUCAAAAAAGUUGUGGUGUCAAGUGAAGAAAAAGGCGAAGUUAAAGACAAAAGGUUGCAGUUUGAGAAAUUCAGUGUUGGUAAAACAACAAGUGAUAGUGCAAACAAAGUUCAAGAUGUUGAGAAAGGAGAUGUAAAGACUUUCAAGAACCUUUUUGAAACUUUACCUCUUAGUAACAUCUCUGAGAAAGCACAAAGUCAUAUCGAUGGGAACCGUUCACUGUUUGAAACCACACCGUUGUAUGCAAUUAAAGAUUGUGCUGGAAAUUUCCACAAGGUUACAACUGUCAGUAGAGAAGAAUGCAUCAAAGGGAAUGUACAGAAUUACAAAUGGAUGUUUGAGACGAGACCCUUAGACCAAUUUGAAGAAGGUAGUGGAAAAGUAGAGCUCAUCAAGGGCAUUACAAGACAAGAGGACAUGGCAAGUGAUGUGAGGACAGCUAAAUGGAUGUUUGAAACACAACCUUUGGACUGCAUCAAUACAAAGAGUCAGAAAGAAGCAGGUUCAACAGUAACACCAGAAGAAUUUCAAAAGGGUAAUGUGAAGACGUGCAAAUGGCUGUUCGAGACACAACCAAUGGACAUUUUGUAUGAGAAAUCAGAUAGGAACCAGGAUGUAGAACCAGUGCCAAAAGCUGAUGUGAAGUCACACACUUGGUUUUUUGAAACACAGCCACUGGAUAACAUUAAAAAUAAGGAGGACUUCAAUUUGAAAUUGAGCAGUACUGUGCAGGAAGACAUAAAAAGUGAUAUGAAUGUGAAGACGGUGAAACACCUGUUUGAAACAGAAACUUUGGACAGAAUAACAAAGCAAACAGAUUCUGGACAAAAUGUAAGAUAUGUCAGUCAGGUGGAUAUCCAGUCUGGAGAUGUCUCACGUGUCAAGGAAAUCUUUGAAUCCAAGUCCCUUCAUGAAAUUGGAAGUGAAUGUGUCAAAGACUCUAAGGAGCAGAAAAAUGAAAUUCAGUCUGGAUCAGUCCACAAAUUCACUUGGCUGUUCGAGAAUCAACCUAUCAGCGACAUUAAUGAGAAGGAGGACAAAAUAACUGCCAGUGUCAGUGAUGUUGAGGGUGGUGAUGUUGGAAGCAAGAAGUUUAUUUUCGAAACUUUCUCUCUGGACAAAAUUCAGGAUGAAGACAAACUACUUGAGCACCAGUCAAUGAGUGUCGAGAAUCCCACAAGCAGUAGUGGAAAUGUGAAGUCCAGCACUAUGCUUUUUGAAUCUCAGCCGUUAUAUGCAAUAAGAGACAAGGAUGGACAGUUUCAUGAAGUUACCACUGUAAAGAAAGAGGAAGUGAUGAGAGGAGAUGUCAGGGGUGCAAGGUGGAUGUUUGAAACCAAGCCACUGGACACUAUUCAAGCAGGCAAAGAAAUCUAUGUCAUCCGUGCGGUAACACAAGAGGAUGUGUGCAAGGGAGAUGUGAAAUCAGCACGUUGGAAGUUUGAGACUCAGCCCUUUGACUCCUUCACACCUUGUGAAGGGCCAUCGGUGAAGGUUGUUGAAGAUUUUGACAAUGGGAAAAGUGUGCAACAAAGCAAGCAACUCUUUGAGACUGAGCAAGCAGGCCAAAAGAAGUUUGUGCGAAUGGUGAGUGUUACAGACGUUCAACAAGGUGAUGUACGUACCUCAACCUGGCUGUUUGAGAAUCAACCUAUUGAUACUCUAAAAGGUGAGCCAGAUGAGAAGAACACCUUGACAACUGUACAUCGAGAGGAUAACACAAAGGGAGAUGUAAAACGUUGCACUUGGUUAUUCGAAUCACAGCCCUUAGAUAAAAUAAAGAAUGAUGAAUCUACUGAAGAGCUUGCCUCAUCAAAGGAAGAAAUCCCCAAGGCAGAUGUCAAAAGCACAACCUGGUUAUUCGAGACCACACCACUGGACAAAAUCACUGUAGAGAGUGUGACAGACAUACUCUACCGCCUUAGCCAUUAUUCAUUCAUUCAUUCAAGUGGAAUCAUCAUCCAGGCAAAUGAUUAUAAGUAUGUAAACAUGGCAAAAUAUCAGAUUGUGCAAAGCGAGGGGCCUAAAGUUCAAAAGGAGGAAGUUGUUGAAGGAAACAUCAGGAAUAUAAUGCUGCAGUUACUGUUCAAACCGAACCUGAAACCUAAAGUUGUUCUACUUAAAGAGGAUGAACAAGGCAAGAUGCACAGCACAGUGCUUGAAAUCCCAUUUCAACAGCCUGGAUACACAGAUAACCCUGAUGCAGAGUGUAAGACCCAAGAAGCAGUUAAAAUUAUUGAGAACUUGCUCAUCCAACAAAAAACUAUCAAGACAGGCUUGGUGAUGCAAGAAUCUGAAGGUGGGCAGCCAGAGAUGACAGUGUAUUCCCUCCAAUGUCAAAGCUGCAUGACUGAGUCGCAAGACAUUGCACGAGGAGAUGUCAAAUCCACCAUUGGCAACCUCCUUGCCACUGUCCACAACCAACAGACCAAAGCGACUUGCACACUGGAACAAAACGAAAGGGGGAAUGUUGAUUUGUAUCGAAGCUGUAUUGAAAAGGGUGACCUUAAGAGUCUACAGCAAGAACUUUCUGAGGAGGAGCUAUCAGCCUCUUGUAGAGAUAAAAUUGAAAUUAUUCAAGGUGAUGUAAAGGAAGCAAAGCGACACCUUAAUCAACAAAGGGAGCAGGCUGAAAGAACAGUCUUGGAUGUUGUACCAGGAGACGUGAAGAAUGUCAAAAAGGUUUUCUCAGAGGUCUGCAUAGACCUGGGCACUGGAAACUGCGUGCCAAAGGAGGAGAUUGUCAAAGGUGAUAUUUUGUCCGCCAUGCAGCAACUUCAUGAGGCAAUCAAACAGCCAGUCAUGGUCCAGAAGGAGGAAAUUGUUUCUGGGGACAUUAAAGCAACCCUUGAAUCCUUGGAGCAGGCAAAACAACAAAGCAAGCAUGUGGAGCGUGAGGUCAUCAAACCAGGCACUAUUUAUGAUGUGAAUGUAGAAGCAGAAGAAAUGGGCUCAGAAGAAAAUGAAAGGACAUUAAUUAAGGAGGAAAUCAUUUCAGGGGAUGUUAAGGCUGCCAAAAGAUCCCUGGAGAGGGCAAAGGACCAAAGCAUGAGAGUAGAACGAGAACCUGUCACUCCUGGAAAGCUAUAUAAUCUAAAUGAAUCAUCUCCGUGCCAAAGCAACACAACAAUGGAGCAGUCUACGACAUCCUCCUUGAGUAACCAGCGGAUUACUACAACAUUUCGAAAGUGACCGGAAGUGAGCAUCUGAUCAUCUCGGAACUCAAUUCAGAAUCUGUUAGCUCCAGCAUGGACUAUUUAAAGCCCUCUAACACUUUUGCAAAAGGCGAACAUCCACCACUCAUCCCACCAAAAACUGAUAAUCAGGUUAAAGAUCAGAAGCCAGUUAUUCCACAAAAGCCAUUGCACAUCAUCACCAGCUCCAAGCAUAUUGCAGAAACCCCACAUGUUUGUCCAAGCUCACCUGGGCAUAAUAAUAAGCAACAGACUCCAGAAAUCCCACCAAAGUUUACCAGCAAAACAGUAGAAACAUGCAACAUUCAUGAACCAGUUCAAAAGACAAACUUCAGAGAUCCUAUUGAUUUUCAGAAGAUGCAGUACACUGAGCAGUGGGUUCAAAAUUCCCACAUGCAACAUACUCCAUCAGUCAGUAAAACAGACCCUCUUAAUGAUGGUUCCUUUGCUUGUAAUAGAAUAGGAAUGGAGAAAAAUGUGAUUCAGAGGAUAAAUGCUGCAGAAGAGAUCAGGAUGUGUGUGCAGAGUUAUUCAAAGGACAAUGAAAAAUUAAACAAGGGGUUUAAGGUUGCACUUGAGAAUUUUGGGGAAAAGAAAACAACUAUGGAAACAACCUCAAUUUUCCCAAAGAAAAUUAAAGUUGUGCAAAAAGAAACCAUCCAGGAACAGGUUAAAACUUCCAAAGAGAACACAAAUAAACAUGAGUUAGACUCCGCCAGGAGAGACAGCCAUUCAACACCUGAAAUACGUGAAGUUCCUUCAAAGUACAAUCAAACUACUGAAGAGCAAAGUGAUUCUGAGAACAAAGUUGUUUUGAGAGAAAAGAAAGCAAGGAGAGAGACAGAAGAUGAGCACUGCUAGAGACUCUCCGUCCACAAAGAUGAGAUCAUGAGGGGCAACGUAAAAGCAGCCAUGGAGAUCUUCGAAAACCUUAUGAGACAUGAAGAGCUGAAGAUCAUUUUGUCGAAAGUUCAAGAAAUAGAGGGGGAAACUUGUGAGGUGGAUGUUAAAUCUCUAAAGACUUUAUUUGAGAAUGUGCCUGUUUGGAUUAGCAAACCAAUAAAAAAUAUGAAACACAGACAUUGUUCAAGAGCUGGCACAGAGACAGAGGGCUUAAGAGACGAUGUAGAGAGCAUGUCCUCUGUUGAGUCUGCAUUUGAGGACCUAGAGAAAGCAAGCAUGAACAUCAUCAAUUUAAAAGCACAGACAUUAGCUAAACUCUCAGAAAUAGAGGAAGCGAUUAAAAAAGCUCUGUACUCGGUCUCAGAUUUAAAGUCUGAGGCAGACAUUGCAGGGUUGUCAGGUCUGUUUAGUGAAUCCUUAAAUGCUGACAAUGUCUCGCCAAAUAAUAAAAACAUUAGGAAAAUUAGCAUUGUGUCCAGCAAAGCAAAACCUGUGCAAUCUAAACAGGUACAGGGCACUGAUAAUGCGGUACCACAUGUACAUCAAGUUCAAGUGGACAAACCAUGCUCAAAUGCCCCCUGCUCACCUUCAUUUAUUUUCAUUCUUUCUGCUGCAAGAAAACCUGUGGAGUCACCCACAUCCCUACAGCCUCACUCAGACAAACCAAAAGCAAAUGACCAACCUAAUGAAGGUAGUACCUUCAGACCAUCCUCCUCUGAGAAAAGCUCAGCCAGUCAUGUUUGUAGUCCUCCAAGUCCUAGAAGGAAAGUCAGCGUUCUUCAAGUACAGCGAGUUCCUGAGGUUGCAACUGGAAUCAUUGGCUCUAAAACUGUCAGUGAGAAAUAUGAAGAGAUAGACUGCUUUGGGAAUACUAACUUCUCUUCCAAAAGAUCUACAUUUGUUACCAGGCAGACCAAGAGUGAAUUAUCUGCCUCAUAUGAUGUAAUUACAAAUCCAGGGAGAUAUGAAGAAAUGGCCUCACCUGUUUUGCAAAGGUCUGGCCACCUUCUCCUCAGAUUCUCUGUCUAAAAACAAGGACAGAAAAGUGUUUGUUACUUUCGGUCAACCCAACACAGAAAAACAUUAACCUGGCUGCCCAUUUCAUUUUGUAGCAUUUUUGGUUGAUUUUUAGUUCCAUAUUUCUAUUUAAUAUAUAAAAAUGUUAUUUGUAUUGGUCCUCAUUUUAUAAGUGUGUACAAUAAAGAGUUUUAUUGUGA